AUGAUGCCCUUCGCCCUUAAAAGCCACUCCCCUACUUCCUCUUCUUCCCACCCAUCCCUCCCUUGGCCUGCCGUCUCCUGUCUGGGAGUGGUGCUGCUGCAGCUGCUGUCAGGCCGCAUUUCCCUCUCUACAGAGAAGACCACGCCACAGUUUUUCAGAGACACUCAUCUACCCACUUUGGGUCAUUCUUGUUUGGUGCGGCUGGCUCGUGUGGGGCUCGCAUGCACAGCCAUGCCGGCUUCUACCCGGCUCUCCUUGGGAAGAGCUCUUGCUGAGCUGGAGAUUAUGCAUGAUGACCUUCCUCCUCCUGUGCUCGCCUCCUCCUCCUGCGCCCUUCCCCUGGCGCCGCUACUGUGCCAGCAGGUGGCCAUGGUGGGCGUGUUGCGUGCCACGGCUGGGUGGGCGGCGGACAGGCGCAUUGGCAGUGGCGGGUUUGGCGACGUGUAUCGUGGAGUGAGCCCGUUGGAUGGGUGCACGCCGUGGGCCGUGAAGCGUGCCCGAGUGCUCACCAACGACUUUCGCCGCGAGGUCUACGAGAUGGCAUCAAAGCACCACCCUCACCUGGUGCGGCUGCUGGGGUUCUGCAGGGAGUAUGACGCGUCGGCGGAGCGCAUGGAGCAGAUCGCCAUCUAUGAGUUCAUGCCCCACGGGGACCUGCAUCACCGCCUGCACGGUGAUGAUGCCACAGGUGGGCACCACCGCCUGCACGGUAAUGAUGCCACAGGUGGGCUCCACCGCCUGCACGGUGAUGGCACAGGUGGGCACCACCGCCUACACGGUGAUGGCACAGGUGCGCACAUAUGCACUCUUAGGCGGCUGGUGUGA